UUGUAAAAAAUUAAUGUACAAUAAAAUUAUUAUGAAGUGAAAAUUAUUAGUCUUUGGCAUAGUGUGAAUAAUUUUCCGUAUAUGGAUUUAGAUUUAUAAACAAAAUAUUGGCAAUAUAAAAUUAAUGUUUAUUAAAAACAAUAAAAAUAAAAUCAAUAAUACGACCGAAAGCUAUAAGGAGUGUUUUUAAAGGAUUAGUCAUAUCUUAUUUGAUAUAAAAAGUUGUCAUCUGCUGAAAAUACAUAUAAUCCUUUAAUAAAAUAACGUUAUUUCUCGUUAAGAAAAACUAAUUGACUUACAGGAAUUUACUACAAGUUGUUGUCUUCUUCAUUUGGAUCAAAUUGUUAAAGCAACCGAAUUUCUAAAGUUCGUAUUUCGAUUGGAAUUGUUGAUUGACAAUAACUGCAUUGAUUAAUUUCUGGUCACAUUUUUGAAUAUAAACACUUGAAAGAGGUAAACCUAUAAAAAUGUCAAGUGAAGAUGGAAACGAAGAUCGUCUCACAAAGAGUGAAUUUGCUGAAUUAAUUCAGCACUUAUCAGUGCAAGAAAUUCUGUCAAUAGAGUAUCGUAUUGGUAGUAAAUGGAGUAAGUUAUUUUCGCGUAAUAAUGUCUCGCCACAGUUAUUUGUAUGCAAUCUAUGCGUUCUUGACACGAGUUCAUUUAAAAAUUUGUUGGCACAUAUCGAUGGUAGAAAACAUAAACUACAAAUGGAGAGAGUAAAUCAACUAUAUCACUCUGAUUAUACAUAUCCAAAAUGUAAUAAGAAAGAGUCUGUCGAUAAAACUGUAACAAAAAUGUCUGAAAAUCCUUCAUUAAACUCAACAUUUAAGGGUGUUCCAAAUAAGACAUCCCUAGCAACCAAUGACCAAUUGGAAAGUAAAAUGCUACAAAGCAAGACAAAAUCUAAAAGUCCCAUUGUCAAAUCAAGUAUCAAUUUGGAGAAUAAUAGUGCUAAUAAAACUUGUAUACUUAAUAAUGAGAAUAAAACAAAUUAUUCGGUAGAGAUACAAUCCGCUAUUAUUGACAACGAAGUUAAACAUGAUGAAAAUGAAAGGGAAACAAGUUCGACUGCAUCUAAGAUUAUAAGUUCUAAUAAAUGUAUUCAGAAUGAAGCUAAUAAUGAUGAUACGGUAAAUCUACAGUUUGAUAUUGAAGCGAAAUCAUCAAAAGUUUCAGAUUCAGAAAUAUUAAAUUUAGAGCCAAGUCUGAAUGAAAAAAAUCCUUUGUCCCCGAAAAUUGUAGAAAAAAUACCUUUGGCAGAAAAUAAAACUGCAGAAGCAAAUUUAAAUGAGGUAGAUAUUAAAAUUAACUCAGUAAAGAAAAGCCUGGAGGAAACAAAAAAGAUGAGAAAUGAGGUUGCUGAAAAAAGAUCCUUGUCUGCCAAUAAAAUUGCAGAAGAGAAGGUAAAAAAAGCUAAGAUUGUAAUUAACCCAGCAGCUGCGCUAUCGUUAAAGGCGAUCAAAACAAAUGAAAACAAAGAUAAAGAUGGUAAUGAAAAAUCCCUGUACCAGACAAAUAAAAUUAUAAUACCAACAGUGCAUAAAAAUAAAUCACAAGAAGAUAAUAAAUCUUCGCCACCACCAAACUUUUUUGUGAAAUCAUACAGUUCUAAACCCAGUGAUAACGAUAUUCAUGGAAUUUUAGGAGUGGAAUACGUUAUUAAAAUACUAAAAAGUCGUCAUGACAUAUCCCCUCGUUAUGAAUGCGGUUUAUGCGAACUCGUGCUUGAUGGAUUUGCAAUGCAAAAACAUCUAGAAGGGUACAAUCAUCGUUUGAAAUUUUGUGAAAAACAUUUUCCAACAGCUAUACGUCAUUAUCGCCAAUAUAUGCAAAAUAUUCCAGACUCUGAGUUGUUUAAAGUAAUGACGCCAGUACUCGCAAAGCUAGCGAUAGCAAUUGAACAACAUCAUGGCAGAAAUUUACCAUACGAAUGUUAUGAAAGAGAUUUCAAUCUGAACCGUCACGAAAUACUUGCAAAGGCAUUUUCGUGUCGACACGCCUCAGAACAGUAUGGUCCUACAUUUACUCAUGUAGUUGGAUCGAAAGAAAUCGAUGAAUUUAUUAAUAAUAGACACAAGUAUUUUCCAACCUCAUCAUCACGAACUACUAUAUUUGAUACGAAACCCGGCAGCACCAGUAGAAAAUCUGAUUUGCUUCAACAAAAUUUCCGAACUACUGACAAAGAAUCUAACUCACGAGAUCGCCAUCGACAUGCUGAAAGAGAAAAUUUAAUUUCACAUGUAUCACAACGUGUAGACCAUACAUAUAAAUCAUAUAUGUCGUCUGGGUUAUAUGAAGAUAUAUAUCCCCCCGUAAACACUUACAAUCAAGUAGAUAAUAGAAAUGUUAAUCAACAAGUCGAUGAUGCAACAUACAAACUUAUGGUUGAUGACUUUCUUAAGGGAACCCUAAAGGGUAUUUCAGGAACAGAAAAAUCGCGUGAGAAACGCAAACUUUCCUCUACUCCAGUGCACAAUUUGAGCUUAGGAAAAAGAAAAUCAUUAUCUCCUCUUCGUCAAAAUGAUAUUUGGCAAGCUUACCGACACAUGGUUGAUCAGGAACUGCAUAACCUUGACGAACGAUUCAAACAAUAUCGUAUAGACCCUGAAACGCACCCGUCUUACAAUGACGAGUGGCAAAAGUUUUGGAAACGACGUAAAGACGAGUUGGUAAAAGCCGGCCUUGAUCAUCGCAAAUAUAACUAUCAACCCGAGUGGGUGAGAUUCAUAAAAAUUCGCUUAGAAGAGUUGUAUGGACAAGAAGUUGAAAAUCUUAAAAUUAAGUCACGCGAACGUCUUUGUCUACCAUUGACAAAUGAAAAUGUAACUGAUCAAAAAUAUCAAGUUCAGACUCUGAAAAAAUGCACUUCUAACAUAACAACUACAGAAUGUAAUUUGGAUUCAACUGACGGUUUAAAUACUAAUCCUGCAGUUAUACUUCCCUCAAGAGACAACGCCCCACAGGUUGUAUCAGUACUGAGAUUAAUGACAGCCCUAGAAGAUAGCUUAGGAAGUUUGGGACCUAAAAUCAUAGAUCUGUUUUCAAAAGCUUUACAAGCUGAAAAGAACAAUCCUUUACACGUUAAUUCUAUUAUACUUACUGAUGAUAACUGCGCCUUGAUUGAAACAGCCAAAGAGAAGUUCAAGGGAUUAGUAAUCACUGGACUUUUUGAAGGAUCAAAGAAGAGAGUAUUGAAGCAGGUAGUCAACGAUGCAGAGGCUCUUCUUAAAUAUGGUAAUCAGUUUCGACAACAGUUGGCAACUCAGCGAUCUUCCAUUGAGUUUUCAAUAAAUCGAUCGCAAAGCAAUUCAUCCUUUUUAUUUGACUCGGUCUCCGUUAAUACUUCCGGUGCUUCUAAUCAAUGCCAAGUUCAGGGAGCAAAUCAACUAGCAAAAAAAUAUCAAUCAUCGUUAUCCACAACUGAAAAUUUGCUCUCGCGUAUGGACAAGAAAGAAUUGGCAUCUAAGUUGGCUGCCUCACUCGUAGCACAAGGAAAAACUGACUUUGACCCGCAACAGUUACAGCAACUUAUUGCAGUUUAUAAAUUAAUUGAAAAAAAGAAACGUGAAAACGCAUGUAGUUCUCAAACAAACAAAAGUGGUUAUUCCUUGUCAGAAUCGUCUUCUUCGACUAAAAAAACUUUAUCUGAUACUCUCUCGGAUUUACUUAAAUCGCCAUCGGCAUCAUAUUCAAACACUGGGAGUGUACAAAGUGUUCCUAGUGCAUCUCAUUUAAAUCAAAUAUUAGGUGGCAGACCAUUUCCUUUAAACAUUGCUGAUGUUCAGGAAAAUAAUUUAAGUAAUCCAACCGCAAUUGGAAACUUUUUCCCAUCAAGUGUUUUACAAAAUUCAAGUGACAAUUACUUUAACAAUGCAGCUCAAUCAACGGCCAAUACAUAUGAAGUAAGUGGAGAUGGAGGGAGAAGCCAAUUACAACCCAAUUGUGAUUAUGGAUUAAAUUAUACAAACAACCCACAUCAAAUAAACUCCAGCAUGAGAGAUUCAUUCAACAACCAACAACACCAGAAUGGAAAUGGGAUGACCGCACAAAAUUGGGGAUGGAACACUAAUUUGGAAUCAAAUCAAAACUACAAUAUGGGUGAACCCAAUAACAAUUGCAAUCAAAACACCAAUUGGCAACAUUUUUAAUAAUACUUGUAUUAAAGAAUUAGUAUUUAAUUAAAACGCUUUCUUUUUUAAUAAUAAAAAAGCUAUGUACUGCAACAUGAA